AUGAGAAGAAGGCAAGGAGAAGAAGGCAAGGAGAAGAAGGCAAGGAGAAGAAGGCAAGGAGAAGAAGGCAAGGAGAAGAAGGCAAGGAGAAGAAGGCAAGGAGAAGAAGGCAAGGAGAAGAAGGCAAGGAGAAGAAGGCAAGGAGAAGAAGGCAAGGAGAAGAAGGCAAGGAGAAGAAGGCAAGGAGAAGAAGGCAAGGAGAAGAAGGCAAGGAGAAGAAGGCAAGGAGAAGAAGGCAAGGAGAAGAAGGCAAGGAGAAGAAGGCAAGGAGAAGAAGGCAAGGAGAAGAAGGCAAGGAGAAGAAGGCAAGGAGAAGAAGGCAAGGAGAAGAAGGCAAGGAGAAGAAGGCAAGGAGAAGAAGGCAAGGAGAAGAAGGCAAGGAGAAGAAGGCAAGGAGAAGAAGGCAAGGAGAAGAAGGCAAGGAGAAGAAGGCAAGGAGAAGAAGGCAAGGAGAAGAAGGCAAGGAGAAGAAGGCAAGGAGAAGAAGGCAAGGAGAAGAAGGCAAGGAGAAGAAGGCAAGGAGAAGAAGGCAAGGAGAAGAAGGCAAGGAGAAGAAGGCAAGGAGAAGAAGGCAAGGAGAAGAAGGCAAGGAGAAGAAGGCAAGGAGAAGAAGGCAAGGAGAAGAAGGCAAGGAGAAGAAGGCAAGGAGAAGAAGGCAAGGAGAAGAAGGCAAGGAGAAGAAGGCAAGGAGAAGAAGGCAAGGAGAAGAAGGCAAGGAGAAGAAGGCAAGGAGAAGAAGGCAAGGAGAAGAAGGCAAGGAGAAGAAGGCAAGGAGAAGAAGGCAAGGAGAAGAAGGCAAGGAGAAGAAGGCAAGGAGAAGAAGGCAAGGAGAAGAAGGCAAGGAGAAGAAGGCAAGGAGAAGAAGGCAAGGAGAAGAAGGCAAGGAGAAGAAGGCAAGGAGAAGAAGGCAAGGAGAAGAAGGCAAGGAGAAGAAGGCAAGGAGAAGAAGGCAAGGAGAAGAAGGCAAGGAGAAGAAGGCAAGGAGAAGAAGGCAAGGAGAAGAAGGCAAGGAGAAGAAGGCAAGGAGAAGAAGGCAAGGAGAAGAAGGCAAGGAGAAGAAGGCAAGGAGAAGAAGGCAAGGAGAAGAAGGCAAGGAGAAGAAGGCAAGGAGAAGAAGGCAAGGAGAAGAAGGCAAGGAGAAGAAGGCAAGGAGAAGAAGGCAAGGAGAAGAAGGCAAGGAGAAGAAGGCAAGGAGAAGAAGGCAAGGAGAAGAAGGCAAGGAGAAGAAGGCAAGGAGAAGAAGGCAAGGAGAAGAAGGCAAGGAGAAGAAGGCAAGGAGAAGAAGGCAAGGAGAAGAAGGCAAGGAGAAGAAGGCAAGGAGAAGAAGGCAAGGAGAAGAAGGCAAGGAGAAGAAGGCAAGGAGAAGAAGGCAAGGAGAAGAAGGCAAGGAGAAGAAGGCAAGGAGAAGAAGGCAAGGAGAAGAAGGCAAGGAGAAGAAGGCAAGGAGAAGAAGGCAAGGAGAAGAAGGCAAGGAGAAGAAGGCAAGGAGAAGAAGGCAAGGAGAAGAAGGCAAGGAGAAGAAGGCAAGGAGAAGAAGGCAAGGAGAAGAAGGCAAGGAGAAGAAGGCAAGGAGAAGAAGGCAAGGAGAAGAAGGCAAGGAGAAGAAGGCAAGGAGAAGAAGGCAAGGAGAAGAAGGCAAGGAGAAGAAGGCAAGGAGAAGAAGGCAAGGAGAAGAAGGCAAGGAGAAGAAGGCAAGGAGAAGAAGGCAAGGAGAAGAAGGCAAGGAGAAGAAGGCAAGGAGAAGAAGGCAAGGAGAAGAAGGCAAGGAGAAGAAGGCAAGGAGAAGAAGGCAAGGAGAAGAAGGCAAGGAGAAGAAGGCAAGGAGAAGAAGGCAAGGAGAAGAAGGCAAGGAGAAGAAGGCAAGGAGAAGAAGGCAAGGAGAAGAAGGCAAGGAGAAGAAGGCAAGGAGAAGAAGGCAAGGAGAAGAAGGCAAGGAGAAGAAGGCAAGGAGAAGAAGGCAAGGAGAAGAAGGCAAGGAGAAGAAGGCAAGGAGAAGAAGGCAAGGAGAAGAAGGCAAGGAGAAGAAGGCAAGGAGAAGAAGGCAAGGAGAAGAAGGCAAGGAGAAGAAGGCAAGGAGAAGAAGGCAAUGAGAAGAAGGCAAUGAGAAGAAGGCAAUGA